AUGGACGGUGGGAUUGGGGCUGACGUUGGAUGGAGUGUGGAGUGGUCGUAUGCAUUGUGUUACUUGCCAUAUGUAGGAUGGCUUGGUGCUGUGUAUGGUAGCAAUGUACCAGGGUGCAAGCAUUGGCAAGCCUGGAAACUUCGAGACAAGACGCAAAGAGUACCCUAUUGUGCUUCAUUUCCCGCCCCCCUCGCGGGCAUUCAUGUCGGUCGGUCUUCUAGUUGCCGUAAGUCUACAGUAGUUCAGGAUAAGAGGAUCGGUGGUGGUGUGCUGAGCAGACGAAUGACCCGAGCUGUUGACUCUGUCUCCACUUCCCGCCUGGAACAAGGAUCGGGAUUGAUUGGCAAGGACUCGGUUCCUGUUCUAGCUCCCGCUAUGCUGGUGCGCAAGUUUUGCAGGUUGGCAGCGCUGGGCGGCGGGCCUUGGAUCGGGCUUCCUGUUUGGAGUCUGCUCUGCAGCAGUCCAUUGUGCUCGGCCUUUAACUAG